CUAGUCCUGGUUUAGUCCUGGUUUAGACCUGGUUUUAGACCUGGUUUAGGAUGAGUUUUAGUCUUUGGACAGUCCUGGUUCAGACCUGAUUUAAUCCCAUUGGAGUCCUGGGUUAGUGCUGCUUUAGUCCUGGUUCUGGUCCGGUUCUGGUCCGGUUCUGACCUGGAUCAUGUCGGAGUGUGAGAGUUCGGAGCGGCUCGCUGCAGAGCCGGAGUCUUCCCACAGACGCUGCAGUGAGGAUGACAUCAUGGUGCCGGUGCUGAGCUCCAAAAAAGCCAGUGAGCUCCCAGUGAACGAGGUCACCUGCCUCUUACAGGCUGACCUGCAGCGUGGUCUGACCCAUGAGGAAGUGGCCCGCAGGAGGCGCUAUCACGGCUGGAACGAGUUUGACAUCAGUGAAGAAGAACCGCUAUGGAAGAAGUACAUUUCCCAGUUCAAAGACCCUCUGAUCCUGCUGCUGCUCGCCUCUGCAGUGAUCUCGAUUCUGAUGCAUCAGUUCGACGACGCCUUCAGCAUCACCGUGGCCAUCAUCAUCGUGGUGACCGUCGCCUUCGUCCAGGAGUAUCGCUCAGAAAAGUCUCUGGAGGAGCUCGGCAAACUGGUGCCUCCAGAAUGUCACUGUGUCAGAGGGGGCGCUCUGGAGCAGCGUUUGGCUCGUGAUCUUGUUCCUGGAGACACCGUGUGUCUGUCGGUCGGAGAGAGAGUCCCGGCCGACCUCCGACUGUUCGAGGCGUCUGACUUGUCUGUGGACGAGUCGAGUCUGACCGGGGAGACGACGCCGAGUUCCAAAGGCACCGCCCCCUCGCCCUCCAACGACCUGGCGUCCAGACAGAACAUCGCCUACAUGGGCACGCUGGUGCGCUGCGGGAAAGCAAAGGGCAUCGUGAUCGGGACGGGGGAGAACUCGGAGUUUGGCGAGGUGUUUAAGAUGAUGCAGGCGGAGGAGGCCCCUAAGACUCCUCUGCAGAAGAGCAUGGACCUCCUGGGGAAACAGUUGUCCCUCUACUCCUUUGGCAUCAUCGGUGUGAUCAUGUUGGUGGGUUGGCUCCAGGGGAAGAGGAUCCUGGACAUGUUCACCAUUGGAGUCAGUCUGGCGGUGGCGGCGAUCCCGGAGGGUUUACCCAUCGUGGUGACGGUGACUCUGGCUCUGGGCGUCAUGAGGAUGGUGAAGAAGAGAGCCAUCGUCAAGAAACUGCCCAUCGUCGAAACACUCAGUUGUUGUAACGUGAUCUGUUCUGAUAAAACUGGGACUUUGACCAAAAACGAAAUGACGGUGACACAGAUCUUCACCUCAGAUGGACUCCACGCUGAGGUGUCAGGUGUGGGUUAUAAUGGAGCAGGUGAGGUGAUUCUGAACGGGGAAGUGAUCCACGGGUUCUCCUGUCCCUCCGUCAGCAAGAUCGUCGAGGUCGGCUGCGUCUGUAACGACUCUGUGAUCAGGAACCACACGCUCCUCGGGCGACCGACAGAGGGCGCUCUCAUCGCCCUCGCCAUGAAGAUGGGGCUGGAGUCUCUGCAGCAGGAGUACGUUCGUGUGGAGGAGGUUCCGUUCUCCUCAGAACAGAAGUGGAUGGCCGUGCGCUGCGUCCACAGAACACAACAGGACAAGCCGGGCGUGUUCUUCGUCAAAGGAGCCUUCGAGCAGGUGAUCCGGUUCUGCAGCUCGUACCACAGCCACGGAACCACACUGCCCCUGAACCACCAGCAGAGGGAGCUCUACCAGCAGCAGAUCAGCUACAUGGGCUCAGCCGGACUCCGAGUGCUGGCGUUCGCCGUGGGCUCGGAGUUGUCGUGUCUGUCGUUCGUGGGCCUCGUGGGGAUGUUGGAUCCUCCUCGUUCUGGAGUCAAAGACGCCGUGUCCACACUGAUCGGCUCUGGAGUCGCCGUCAAGAUGAUCACAGGAGACUCCCAGGAGACCGCCGUGGCUAUAGCGGGUCGUCUGGGUCUGUGUUCUAAAGGAGCUCAGUGUUUGUCUGGAGAUGAGGUGGACGCUCUGGACCUGCAGCAGUUGUCUCAGAUGGUUCCUCGGAUCGCCGUGUUCUACAGAGCGAGCCCCAGACACAAACUCAAGAUCGUCAAGUCGUUACAGAACAUCGGGGCGGUGGUGGCGAUGACGGGCGACGGUGUGAACGACGCGGUGGCGUUGAAGGCGGCCGACAUCGGCGUGGCCAUGGGCAAGAGCGGCACGGACGUGUGCAAAGAGGCCGCCGACAUGAUCCUGGUGGACGACGACUUCCAGACCAUCAUGUCGGCAAUUGAGGAGGGCAAAGGAAUCUACAACAACAUCAAGAACUUUGUCCGAUUCCAACUCAGCACGUCGAUCGCUGCUCUCAGUCUGAUUUCGUUGGCGACUCUGAUGAACUUUCCAAACCCUCUGAACGCCAUGCAGAUCCUCUGGAUCAACAUCAUCAUGGACGGACCCCCGGCACAGAGUUUGGGGGUGGAGCCUGUGGACCGUGAUGUCAUCAGGAAGCCUCCCCGUAACCUCGGCGACAGCAUCCUGACGCGCAGCCUCCUCAUCAAAGUGCUGGUGUCGGCGCUCAUCAUCGUCUGUGGAACGCUCUUCGUCUUCUGGAGAGAACUCCAGGACAACGUGAUCACUCCUCGAGACACGACCAUGACCUUCACCUGCUUCGUCUUCUUCGACAUGUUCAACGCCCUCAGCUCCCGCUCCCAGACGAGGAUGGUGUACGAGUUGGGCGUGUGCAGUAAUCGUGCGUUCUGUUUUGCCGUGUUGGCGUCCAUCAUGGGGCAGCUGUUGGUCAUUUACUUUCCUCCUCUUCAGAGCGUCUUUCAGACCGAGAGCCUCAGCGUCACAGACCUGCUGUUCCUUGUGGCUCUGACCUCGUCCGUGUGCGUCGUCUCCGAGAUGAUCAAGAAGGUGGAACAGUGGAGGACGGAGAGAACUCCACCUCCCCAGAACUUCCACGAGGUAUGACCUCAGUCUUGCCGCUACUGAAAACGCCACAACAGGACCAAGUCUGGGCGGGCCGGGUCUGGGCCGGGUCUGGGCCGGGUCUGGGCCGGGUCUGGACCAAGUGAGAGACAAUUAAACCAGGCUCCAGUUGACUUUAGUGCCCCUUUUAUUUAAUUUGAACUUGAGGAUCUAAACCUGGUCUAGACUGGGACUUGACCAGGACUAGACUGGGUCUAGACUGAGUCUGGAUCUGGUCUAUUUGUUUGUGUUCAGGUUAAAUUGAAAUCAUACGUGUCACUUCCUGGUGGGAGGAGCAAAAUUUUAUGAGAAAUCAUCAUUUGAAAUUUAUUUUUAAUUUAUUCUGAAGCUUCUGGAGCCACUGUUGUGUGUGUGUGUGUGUAUGUGUGUGUGUGUAUGUGUGUGUGUAUGUGUGUAUGUGUGUGUGUGUGUGUGUAUGUAUGUAUGUGUGUGUGUGUGUGUGUGUGUGUGUGUGUGUGUGUG